AUGAGUUUUGGAAGCCCUGGUGGCGGCGCAACCAAUGUCAAACCUACUCCUCCUGAGCGAGGGAGUUUCCCACUUGAUCAUGAAGGCGAAUGCAAACACCUUAUUUCCCAGUACCUGAAAUGUCUGAAACUGAGGAAAGGGGUUAACGACGAAGAGUGUCGCAAGCUAGCCAAGGGAUACCUGAGCUGUCGAAUGGAGAAAAACCUGAUGGCACCGGACGACUUCAAAAAUCUCGGACUCGUGUUUAAAGACGAGGCAGACGGAACGGCAGAGCAGAAUGCAGGGACAAAGUCAUAG